AUCCCACUAUCAUACAGGGCCAAGCGCGGGAGCUGGAGGGCCAAGGUGGGCACUGGGUCGCCACCUCGAGCGCGCCUACGGUGGCCCGCGGCGAGGGAGCAAGAGUGGCCGAGCGUCUGGGGCACAGCGGGAGUCCGAGCCCAGCGCCCCCCACACCAGCCUGAGGGCGCAGCCCGCCGCGCGGUGGGAGGUGGCGAGGCGGGGACCGGGCGGGGACCAGGCGGGGGCGGAGCGGAGCUUCCCGCUUCCUUGUCGCCUUCAUCCUCCCCCUCGGAGCCGCCGCCUCGGCCGGGCUGAGCAGCGGGAGUCCGAGGCGCCCGCUCGCAGCCGCGGGAUGGGGAGCUAGCGCCACGGCGGCCGCAGUGGCCGCAGCGCAGCCAGCCGCCGCCCCCGGGCCUGUCCCGCCGGGUGAUCCGGGAGCCCCAAGCACGGCCCCGAGCCAGGCCCGCGGGCGGCGGCGGCGGAGGAGCUGGGCAGGUGUGUGCGGCUGGAAGAUGGCGCCCUCGGGCCCGGGCGGUGUGCGGCGGCGGUGCCGGCGGGUGCUCUACUGGAUCCCGGUGGUUUUCAUCAGCCUGCUGCUGGGCUGGUCCUACUACGCCUACGCUAUCCAGCUGUGCAUAGUAUCCAUGGAGAACAUUGGUGAACAAGUUGUGUGCCUCAUGGCUUAUCAUCUACUCUUUGCAAUGUUUGUCUGGUCAUACUGGAAAACCAUUUUUACACUGCCCAUGAAUCCUUCAAAAGAAUUCCAUCUCUCUUAUGCAGAGAAAGAACUGCUGGAGAGAGAGCCAAGAGGAGAAGCCCAUCAGGAAGUUCUGAGGCGAGCAGCCAAAGACCUUCCCAUCUCUACCCGGACCAUGUCCGGAGCAAUCCGGUAUUGUGACAGAUGCCAACUUAUAAAACCUGACCGCUGCCAUCACUGUUCCGUCUGUGAUAAAUGUAUUUUGAAGAUGGAUCAUCAUUGCCCAUGGGUGAACAAUUGCGUUGGAUUUUCAAAUUACAAAUUCUUCCUCCUUUUCCUGGCGUAUUCUCUGCUGUACUGCCUUUUCAUUGCUGCUACAGAUUUACAGUAUUUUAUCAGGUUUUGGACAAAUGGUCUGCCUGAUACUCAAGCCAAGUUCCAUAUUAUGUUUUUAUUCUUUGCUGCAGCUAUGUUUUCUGUCAGCUUGUCUUCUCUGUUUGGUUAUCAUUGUUGGCUAGUCAGCAAAAAUAAAUCUACGUUAGAGGCAUUCAGAAAUCCAGUAUUUAGACAUGGAACAGAUAAGAAUGGAUUCAGUUUGGGUUUCAGUAAAAACAUGCGGCAAGUCUUUGGCGAUGAGAAGAAGUACUGGCUGCUACCGAUAUUUUCAAGUCAAGGUGAUGGCUGUUCUUUUCCAACUUGCCUUGUUAACCAGGAUCCCGAACAACCGUCCACUCCCGCAGGACUGAAUUCGACAGCGAAAAAUCCUGAAAACCAUCAGUUUCCUGCAAAGCCAUUGAGAGAAUCCCAGAGCCACCUCCUGACGGAGUCUCAGACCUGGACGGAGAGCAGCUCGAACCCUGGAAAAGGCAAAGCCGGUAUGAGCAACCCUGCACUAACUAUGGAGAAUGAAACUUAACUCUACAACCGAACAUGAAAUCACUUUUAUGAAGUUCCAAGGCUGUGGACGGAUGGAACAGGCUCCCCACUGGAAGGCACCGUUGACCAAUUAUCCCUAUGUCCCUUUGGCUAAAUAUGCAGUUUUCUUCAUCCGUGAUGGGGAUCCCACCCAGCGGUAUGAAGAAUUUUGAGGAGUCAUUACCAAGCUGAUACAGCAGAACACAGUUCAGUUCAAUAUAUAAACAGCUAUAACUAACAAAAAUUCCUUUAAAAGAAACUAAAAAGGAACUAUUUUCUGCUGAAAACUAAGAAUAAGUUAAUGGGCCCGUUUUCAUUCAGGGUUGUAUAAUUUAACGUAUAAUCCCAUUAGUCAUUUGGUACUCUCUUUCAGAAAAUGUAGAUUCAUCUUCCAAUUUUAAAUUUUUCAAGUCAUGGUAUAAUGCUAAGUUGUAUUCAGAAGUGGUGAGAAGUCUUCCUUCUUUGAGUUUUCCCCCUGAUGUGAAUCUGGCUUCAGGCGUGGGAACUGCAGUGAGUAUGAAUUCAUUAUGAAGGUCAAGAAGCCCAUGGCUGAAGGUCUCCAUCCCUUUGUGGAAGGUUCAAUUCUAAUUCUAGACUCUGUCUCCCAUUGGAAAAUAGGUAUGAACACUGAAGCUUGGGUUCACUCUUCAAAGCGAUUGGAUAAAACCUUUUGUCACAGCUAAUAUUAAUGUUUUGACAAAGAACUUAUAUCAGAAAUUUAUUUUCAUGUCUUUUAAUUUGAAGUCAGAGGGGAUUUAUGCUAAUUAUUGUGAAGAUUGCUUAGUAACACUGCUAUUGGUCUGGAUGUUAUAAAACUUGUUUUUUUUUAACUGCUUGCCCUAUUUUAUGGUGACUCUACUGAGUUCUAAGCAUUUUUAAUGGAUCAACAGAUUAUUCGUCUAAUACAUCUCUAUCAUCUCUGCGUCCUUUCAUCAAAACUAUGAUCAUUGGGAUAUAUUUUUCCUCAAAAAAUAUCAGGAUUAAAUUAUGCAAAUCAUUUAAAAAUCAUAUACUUUUGGAAGUUUAGUUUACCAUAAACUAAACAGUGUGCUCUUUUGGAAAUGUAGUUUAAGGUAAACUAAAAUGUGUUUAAUGAUGCAAAAAUGUUUGGCCUCAGUAAAUAAACUCAGAUGCUUUUGUGCCUUGUAUGCACUAUUUACACAGAAAAAAAAAUGUCUCAUUAAAUAAAAACCUUGGAAGUUUUAUAAAUUA